UCUCUGACAAGGACCUGAAGUUGCUUUGUUGACUUGAAUUAUUUCAGAGGGAGGACCUAUUUAGUUAUUCAGUGAAUCCCACCUGCAAAGACCGAGAACCUAACCCCUUUGCACUGAGAUUUCCAAUCUGGUUAUUCUGUGUAUUCCCUCCAGUGUAUACAGGGAAAACAUGUCUGUAAUUGGAGAUGCUGCUCUAUCCGCUUUCUUUCAAGUUUUAUUUCACAAGUUGAGCUCACCUGAGUUGCUUAAGUUUGCUGAUGAAAAGCAGGUCCAUUCUGAGCUCAAGAAGUGGGAGAAAAUACUUGUCAAAAUCCAUGCAGUUCUUGAUGAUGCAGAGGAGAAACAAUUGGCUAACAGAUUGGUGAAAAUCUGGCUAACAGAGCUUAGAGACUUGGCUUAUGAUGUGGAAGAUAUCUUAGAUGAGUUUGCCACUGAAGCUUUGCGGCGGAAGUUGAUGGCAGAGCCUCCUCAACUUUCUAUGAGUAAGGUACCAAAGAAUCUCAUCCCUGGUUGCUUUUCAAUUUAUAAUCCUCGAACUGUUAAGAACAACGUUACCAUGGGGAAGAAAAUAGAGGAGAUCACUAGGAGAUUGCAAGAAAUUGCUAUGCAGAGAAGUGAUUUGGAUGUGAGAGAGGGUAUUGAAGGCCAGUCUACUAAACGAUGGAGGAGUUCCUGUUCAUCCAGUACGUGUCUGCCAAAUGAACCUCUAGUAUAUGGGAGGGAAAAGGAUAAACGGAAGAUGCUUGAAUUGAUGCUAAGGGAAAGCCAGAGUGAUGAUUCCAACGUUCAAAUAAUUCCCAUUGUAGGAAUGGGUGGGGUUGGCAAGACGACACUUGCUAGACUGGUCUACAAUGAUGAAUCAGUUGUGACACAUUUUGAUCUUAAGGCAUGGGUUUUUGUCUCUGAUGAAUUUGAUGUAAGGAGAAUAACCAAAUCCAUUCUUGAGUCAAUCACUUUCCAACCUUGUGAUUUGAAGGAUUGGACUCUGGUUCAGGUCAGGCUGUAUGAGGCUUUAGGAGGGAAGAAAUUUUUGCUUGUGUUAGAUGAUGUUUGGAACAAGAAUUAUGGUGAUUGGGAUGCACUUCGAUCGACAUUUCGAGGUGGAGCACCAGGAAGCAAGGUUAUACUGACAACACGUAACACAAAUGUGGCUUUAAUGACGGGAACUAAAGGAUACCACUCCUUGGAGAUUAUAUCAGAGGAUGAUUGUUGGUCAGUGUUUGCACAACAUGCAUUUGAGAAUAAAAACAUCAGUGCAUAUCCAAUUCUAGAGAUCAUUGGAAGAAAAAUUGUGAAGAAAUGUGGAGGUUUGCCCCUGGCAGCACGAACUCUUGGUGGCCUUUUACGAACUAAGACGAGGGAAGAUGAGUGGCAAGCUAUUUUGAAUAGUGCCAUAUGGAAUUUAUCAGAUGAUGAAAGUGACAUUCUUCCAGUGUUAAGAUUAAGCUAUUACCAUCUCCCUUCAGAUUUAAAGAGGUGUUUUGCCUAUUGUGGAGUAUUCCCAAAGGGCUAUGAAUUUGAGGAAUACGAGCUAGUACUUCUAUGGAUGGCAGAAGGUUUGAUUGUACCACCACAAGAGAAAAUUAAUAUGCACAUGGAAGAUUUGGGUAGUGAGUACUUUCGUGAGCUAUUAUCGAGGUCAAUUUUUCAGGUAUCAGUUAGCAAUAAAUCUCGGUUUGUAAUGCAUGACUUUAUUAAUGAUCUAGCUCAGUGGGUUGCUGGAGAAACAUGUUUUAGGUUGGAGGAUGAAUUGGAGGGUUAUCAGCAAUCUAGAGUUUUCAAGAAAGCCCGCCAUUCAUCUUACAUUCACCACAAUUUUGACAACAUCCAAAAAUUUACGGCCUUCUAUGAAGUGAAGGGGUUAAGGACCUUCCUUCCACUAGGAUAUCAAGGAUGCUGGUUAACUUAUAAUGUUCUGUUUGAUCUGUUGCCAAAGCUGAAAUGCUUAAGGGUUUUAUCUUUAAGUGGGUAUAACAUCAGUGAGCUAGCGAAGUCAAUCGGUGAUCUAAAGCAUCUAAGGUACCUUAACCUUUCUCACACCAAAAUUAGAAGUUUACCAGAAUCAAUAGUUGCUCUAUGCAACUUGCAGACAUUGUUGUUAGUAGGUUGUUUCAAUCUAGAGAAGUUGCCUAGACAAAUAGGAAGUUUUAUCAGCUUGCGUCAUCUUAAUUUGACAAAUGCAAUUUCAAUAAGAGAUAUGCCAUUGGGAAUGAAUGAAUUGAAAUGUCUACGAACAUUGUCAGAUUAUCAUGUGGGCAAAUAUAAUGGAGCUGGCAUAAGAGAGUUGAUGAACUUGAAUUUUCUGUGUGGGGCAUUAUGCAUUUCUAGGUUGGAGAAUGUGACUAAUAUUCAGCAUGCAAGUGAGGCAAAUUUAAUCAGUAAGCAGGGUUUAGAUGUGUUAAAGCUGAAAUGGGCUUCUGAAUUUGAUGAUUCACGAAAUGAACGAGUGGAAAGAGAUGUAUUAGACAUGCUACAACCUCAUAACAAGCUGAAAGAGCUAACAAUUAGGUGCUAUGGUGGUGUGACAUUUCCAGCAUGGGUAGGACAACCUUCAUUCUCUGACAUGGCUGUCCUAAGGUUAGAGAAUUGUAAGAGAUGUACAUCCCUGCCUCCACUUGGGUUACUAGGCUCUCUCAAGGAUCUUGCUAUGGUUGGAAUGUCUAGUAUUAAGAUAGUGGGUCCUGAGUUUUAUGGGGAGGCUUGCUUAAAACCUUUUCCAUCGCUUGAAUGUUUACAACUUGAGGAGAUGCAUGAGUGGGAGGAAUGGAUUCCUUGUGGAGCUGGUUAUGAAGAAUUUCCUUGUUUGCGUGAGCUUUCUAUAAAAACCUGUUGCAAACUGUCAAGAGAGUUGCCCAGUUGUCUUCCAUCAUUGGAAAAACUAGCAAUUUCCAAAUGUGAGCAAUUGGUUGUUUCAAUUCCUAGCCUUCCAUUGCUCUGCAAAUUAGAAAUUGAAGCAUGCAAAAAUGUAGUACAUAGAGGUGCAGCAGAAAUUAGCUCGCUUAACUCCUUGGUUCUUUCAAAAAUUUCCAAUUUGACAAAUCUAGAAUUGGGGCUUGCUCUAGCGUUAACAAAAGUGAGGGAUUUGAAGAUUGUUGGUUGUCAAGAGCUGAGAUUUUUAUGUCAGAAUGAGGCGAGACCACUGCAACAAUUCACUUCUCUUCACCAUUUGGUCAUUGAGAGCUGUCCUCAACUUUUCUCCUUGGUGGCUGAGAUUGAAGAUCAACUGGAUGAGGGAUUAACUUGCUUACUGGAGUCUCUAAAAAUAAUGGACUGUGAAAGGCUUGAGAAGGUACCAAAACUACUGCAUAGCUUCAUGUUUCUUAGAGAGCUAUAUAUCGUGAAUUGUCCCAGACUUGAUUUCUUACCAGAUACUAGUUUUCCGCCCUUGCUGAAAGUAGUAUGGAUUAGAAAUUGCAAUUCUUUGGUAUCUUUUUUUAAGGCUAUGGAGAAAAAUAACACGCAUCUUGAACAAUUGCGAAUUGAAGAAUGUAGUUCUCUGAUAACCUUUGCCAGAGGCCAGCUACCACAAACGUUAAAAAGGCUGGAGAUAGAACAUUGUAAGAAUUUGCAGUGCUUGUUAGAUGAGGGUGAUAGUUAUUCCACAUCUUCUUCAAUGAUGCAGAAGAAGAAUUUUAACUACAGUUGCAACACCACAUCUCUUCUUGAACACCUUUAUAUUUGGGACUGUCCAUCUUUGAAGUUCCUAUCAUCAGGAGGUGAGUUACCUGCCGUGCUUCAACAUGUUAGCAUCGGAAGUUGUCCAUCUCUCAUGGCAUUUUCACCAAGAGGCGAGCUACCUUCUAUGCUAAAGCACCUUGAGAUUAUUAAUUGUCCAAAGCUGGAAUCAGUUGCAGAUAGGUUUCAGAAUGGUGCAUCUCUUGAACAUAUUGAGAUAUGGUACUGUGAAAAUCUCAAGUCCAUACCCAAUGGCCUGCACAAUCUCAUCCAUCUUCAUUGGAUUGAAAUUAUUGGGUGUUCAAGUCUUCUUUCAUUUCCUGAAGGAGGGUUUCCAGCCAAUAGUUUGCGGGAGGUCCAUAUCUCUGAUUGCAGAGCUCUUUCAGCUCUGCCCAAUGCCAUGCACAAUCUCACAUCUCUUCAACAACUGAGAUUACAUGAAUGUCCAGGCAUUGUAUGCUUGCCAAGAGAAGGGUUUCCCACUAACCUAACAUCACUUGAACUCUCUAAUCUUAAGAUCUAUAAGCCAAUGUUGGAGUGGGGAUUGCACAGGAUUGCCACUCUUAAACGACUCUCUAUCAUGGGUGGAUGUCUAGACAUGGUGUCCUUUCCACAUGAAUAUAUGCUGCCAACCAGCAUAACAAGGCUGACCAUUGGCGAUUUUCCCAGUUUGGAAUACUUAUCCUUCACCUCAAGUGGGUUUCAGAACUUCUCUUCUCUUGAAUAUUUGCGCGUGUCUCAUUGCCCAAAGCUCCUAUCCUUUCCAGAUGAAGGCCUUCCCAUCUCACUCCUGCAACUAUAUAUCUCGGGAUGUCCUUUGCUAAAACAGCGGUGCAAGAAAUACAAAGGACGAGAAUGGUUUAAGAUAGCUCACAUACCUUACGUUGAGAUAGAUGGGAGAUUUGUCUUUGACCCAGAAAACUGAAGAACAAUGAGCAGCAAAGGUUCCCACUUUGUAAUUGGUGACUUGUGCAGCUAAAUUUACACAAUGAGGUGUUGGUUUCAGAAAUUUUCACUGCUUUUGGGUCUUAGCUUCAAAAAAUUUUGAAUAUUACAUAAGAAAUCUAAUAUAACUAAUCUGUAUUGGCCUCGGUUGUUUUGGUAUCUGAUUCUAGAGUAGUUGUAGGAAGCAUCUAAAAGCACGUAUGAAACUUCUAGUUCAAAAUUCGAGCGUCUUCUUCCGCGAAUAAUGUGAUUUAUGUGAUUCUUUAUUCAUUUCGGUUUUGCUUUCUGUUAUUCUACAGGGCAAUUUUUGAUUACCUAA